UCCAGUGCUGGCAAAAGAGUCAUCAUUCUCCACAUUGACAGCAGGAAUGGAUUUUUGGAUGGCCGUUUGAAAUGUUUCAUUGGUAAAAAGUGGAGUGCCGGCUACCACGAUGAAAUUAACGCGGCUCAUUUUGAAGAGUGGUUUAGGGAGGUGCUUCACAAACUGCCAUCUAAAUCUGUAAUUGUGAUCGAUCAAGCACCCUACCAUACUAUGAUCGAUCCUGAACAUCGCAAUCUCACAUAGAGUUGGCGGAAAGCCGAUAUUAUUCAGUGGAUGGUAAAACGAAAUUUAUCGCUUCCAGUGGAUACUGAAUCAUUUGAAAAAAUAACUCAAGAUGUGAGAGGAAGUGACGUUCAACUGCUCUGGUUGCCUGUCGCACAAUGUGAAUUCAAUUCCAUAGAAUAUGUAUGGGCAUACGUGAAAAAAAGAUUGCUGAGCACAAUAAAACUUUCAAAAUUCGCGACAUCUGCAGUUUGUGUGAAACUGUCAUGAAUACCGUACCUCCAACACUCUGGGAAAACUCCGUGAAUCACGUCGAAAAAAUAGAAGUGGAGUAUAGAGGUAGUGAUUACCGAAUGGAUAUGAUAAUGAAAAUGGAACCCCUCAUUAUGAACGUUCUUGAAGAUGAUUCCAGUUAUGAAGAACCCUCGGAAGAACCUUCUGUAGAAUUGAGACUCAGAUUGAAAAAGAACUUUCCGUCUUUCAUAGAGAGCAAUUUCCAUCACAGGGAAUAAGUUCGAAGGAUAGAUCCCCUGUUCACUGGGGUCUUGUUGAAGGCCAGAUGGAGGCCUGGAGGCGCAAGUUGAGUAGCACGUGGUGAGGGAAAUCCAGGUCCAUUCCCUGAAAAAAACGGCACCACAAUGGUGAUUGGCAUUUGCCUUCCCAUAUAAAAAACUGACUUACAAUAUCCCAGUUUCCACGAAGACAGCAAGAAGCACAUACUUCUUUAAAAUUGUAAAUUAUUACAGAUAGUUCAACUAACUACCUCCAAUUUAAAUCACUUUAUUAUCUUCAUUAGAACUAAAGAUAGUUUUGUUGCAUAUUUAUGUACAAAAUACUAACAAUUGUACUGGUCUGCAGUGAGAUCGUUCUUUAAAUGAAAUUAUUCUUAGUACGAAGAUUUCGAUGCUCCGAACCCCCUCUUGUUGUCUGCUUUUUGAUAUCACGUCUAGAUUUUGUAAAAUUUAUUUUUCUCGUAUAUUAAAACAUUACAAUUUUAUCUAGUUUUGUUUCAACAUAACACUCUUUAAUAUGAAUUAAUUAUAUCAAUACCGGAAUGGCUCAUUUCAGCUGAUGUUAAAAAAGAGAAUGAAACAACUCUUAGCCUUCUCCAAGCGCAUACAUGUGCGCUUGCGCAGUUUUAGUUUGGGUUUUGCGGUAGUCAGUGUGUUCGAUAGUUUUUAUCUGAUUGUUGAUGUUUUAAAUUGGUUAUUUUGCUCAAAAAAAAAAAAUAUAUAUAUGUCAUGGUUUUCUUGGAAAGAAAAAAGCUGAUAAUUUCCAGCAAAUCGUUCAGGAACUUCUUUCUGCUCAUAAAGCUCCCAAAUGCAACAUGUCUCUUAAAAUUCAUUUUUUGGACUCACACUUAGAUUUCUUCCCUGAUAACCUUGGUGCUGUAUCAGAUGAACAUGAUGAAAAGUUUCACCAAGAUCUGCUGCAUACAGAAAGACGCUACAAUGUAAAAUGGUCUAAAGGAAUGCUUGCUGCUUUUUGCUGGUCAAUUUGACGUGAAACUCCCAAUUGAACAUAUGAAAAGGAAAAAAACUACAAAGUAGGUUGAAUUAUAUUGUUAUAUAGACAUUCUAAUGUUUAUUCUGCU